AGGAAAUGAGUCCCUAGACCAUAGACUCCUGGGCUUUCAGACACAGAGACCAGCAGGACUCCAGGCCCUUGUGUGAGUCCUCCAUCCCUCACCUCUACCCCACUCUCCAGGGUUUUGUUUAUCCAGCUCUGCUCAUUGCUGCACAGCGAACCCAAGAUCACAGCCUCCAGACUUUGCACAGCCCCAGCCUGGUCACUGGCCCUGCCUCUGUUUCAGCUCUGACAGCCUCAGAGUUGGUUCAAUCAUGUCAAGGAAGUCUGAAGACCUCCAGUGCUUGGAGAGUGAGAAGAAAAGCAGGGGCAUUAGAAAUGGGCUGCUUCCUCCCCAAGCCUUCCUGCAGAGUCUCUGCUCCGGACCCCACCUCUUCCUGCUGUCCCUGGCCCUCAGCCUCCUGCUGCUGGUUGGCAUCUGUGUGAUCGGAACCAAAAAUUCCAAGAUUCAGAGGGACCUGGACACGCUGAGAGCAAAUUUCAGCAACUGUUCCUCAAACACUCUGGCUGAGGUCCAGGCACUGCAUUCCCAGGAUGGCAGUUUGCAAGAACAAAUAACAUCUCUGAAAGCUGUGGUGGAAAACCAUGACCAGAAACUGCAAGCAGUCCGUAGCUUGAAUGACAAGGCGCUUUCUCUGGAGACCAAGCUGGAGAAAGAGCAGCAGGAACUCAAAGCAGGUUAUCCUGGAAUGGUCCUGAAACUCCAGCAACUUGCCCAAAGCCUGAAAUCUCUGAAUUGCCAGAUUGCUGCACUCAAGAGCAAUGACUCUCAAAAUACCUGCUGCCCCAUUAACUGGCUGGAGCAUGAAGGCAGCUGCUACUGGUUUUCUGGAACUAGAUUGACCUGGCAUGAGGCUGAGAAGUACUGCCAGCGGGAGAAUUCGCACCUGGUCGUCAUCAACUCCAGAGAGGAGCAGGAAUUCAUUGCGGCCCACGUGGGCUCCUUUCAUACCUGGAUAGGUCUCACUGAGAGCUAUGGUUCCUGGAAAUGGGUGGAUGGCACGGACUAUGGGAACAGCUACAAGAACUGGGGUCCUGGUCAGCCAAAUAACUGGCAGGGGCACGGGACCGGUAUAAACGAAGACUGUGCCGAAGUCCGGGAGAAUGGCCGCUGGAACGACAAUUUCUGCCAGCGGGUGCAACGCUGGGCAUGUGAGAUGUGAGGGAACAUCACCAGCUAGAAGCCCUGACCUCCACCCAUCUCUACUGCACCCC